CCAGACAUCUUUGCACAAUGUCCAAUCCCCUUCCCGCGCGCAUAGACGUGCACUCGCACUUCCUACCGCAUUUUUACCGUGACGCCCUCAUCGAAACAGGUAACUCGCAUCCCGAUGGUAUGCCCGCCAUCCCACCCUGGUCCCCCACCGCCCACCGCCAAAUCAUGAACACGACCAAUGUGCGCAAAUCCAUCUUGUCUAUUUCCUCGCCCGGUACCCACCUCUGGCCCAGCGAUCCCGCAGCUCGAAAAUCAUUAACGCGCGAGUGCAAUGCUUAUGCCGCCAACUUGAAGUCGGACUAUCCGGACGAAUUCGGCUUCUGGGCCUCGCUACCCCUGCCGAAUGUGCACGAUGCUCUCGAGGAAAUCGAACGUGCGAGGGAAGAAGGCGCAAAUGGGUUUGCCCUUAUGACCAACUACCAUGGCGUCUAUGUUGGGGAUACCGUCUUGGACCCGGUAUUUGAUCGAUUGAAUGAGUUGAACGCCACAGUCUUCUUGCAUCCGGGGGCCCCGUGUAUUGCGAGUAUGAAUGCGAGUGUGGGGAUUGACGAUGCCGGCGCCACUGCCGCCCUGCCAUUUGGAAAUAGGUAUCCCAUUCCUAUUUUCGAGUUUUUGUAUGAUACGUCGAGGGCUGUCAUCAAUAUGUUUUAUUCGGGGACUGUGGAUCGCUGCCCCAACAUCAAAUUCAUUAUUCCACACGUCGGAGGAACGUUACCGCCGCUCAUCACACGCUUCACGGCGUUUGGGUCCCUGGUCCCUGGGGUGAAACCUUUGGAUGGCGACAAAGUGAGGCAGCAGAUGCAGGAUCAGUUUUACUUUGACCUCGCUGGAACCAUUUUCGACGGAGAUACCGGCGGCAGGGGCCAGCUGAAGGCCUUUGUGGAAGGAUGGGACAUUUCGUAUGAGAGCCUGCUGUAUGGAAGCGAUUUCCCAUUUACCAACGCUGGAGCUGCCGAGAUGCUGGCGAAUCGAAUGAGGGACGGUUUGGAGCACUUGUUCGACGAGGAGCAAAGAAAAGCCAUUUAUGAGGGGAACGGCAGACGGUUGCUGGAAAGAAACAUGUCGGAGACGAGACCGAGUUCCAAAAACUGA